CAUCGCCAGUCCAUACACUCAGCUCGCCGUCGCGACAAGUCUUCAAGAUGCCGAGCCACAAGAGUUUCCGCACCAAGCAGAAGCUUGCCAAAGCUCAGAGACAGAACCGUCCUAUCCCCCAGUGGAUUCGUCUCAGGACCGGUAACACCAUCAGAUACAACGCCAAGCGUAGGCACUGGCGCAAGUCCCGUCUCGGAGUCUAAACUCGUCCUUUGGAGGAACCUUCCACACCAACCGACUUUUUCGAUUCCGCCCCGAGAAAUGUCUCUGUUCACCUGCUGCUACUUUCCCGGGGGAAAAUGUUUCGUUCAGUUG